ACAAUUAUCUACAAUAUAUGGCGUGGUGGCCUGAGCCACCGAGGCGGUGGGGCUCGGCGACACAGCGGAACUCAUCAGACGCGGCGGAGGCAGCUUCUGGGGCGUGGUUUCCAGUCCGUGGUCUUCAUAUUAAGCAUUGGCUGCCUCUCAGCCUCGACGGCCCAAAGAUCCCAAGUCGAUGGCUGCAGCAAAACCCCGAUCAGAGGAGGGAGGCCGAGAAAACUACAAAAAGCUAACACCGGAACAUGACUUUUACCCAAUGCCAAACAAUCAUACAAGCACGCAUCUACACAUCAGGGGCCUAAACCAACGAUAAACCAACGAUCUCCCAUCAGAUAGAAAGACAAGCCUUGGGUAUGGAACCGAUCUUGAGAUUGGCGUAGAGGGGGGUUUACUUGGUCUUUGCGGUGCAGAGCUUCUUGUGGCGCUUGAAGGUUUCUGCUGCUGACCGAGGAUUUUUCCCAUCGUCGAACUCUUGGUCUCGCCGUCUUUUUCCCAUCGCCGCCGCCCUUGCCGAUACAAUAGGGUUGACAAUUCAUUCCAUCCUCUUCGAUCGGCCGCCGGAUAUUUCGGAGACUGGCGAUUCAAGAGAACUUCGAAAAGGGGAGAGAGAGUUACUGCUUUGAGAUUCGUGACAUCCGAAUCCGAUGCCGACGAGCUUUUUUAUAUGCGGUCAUCGGCGGAUGUAACAGACACGACACGGCUGCGAGGAGAAGAGAGGGACCAUAGGGGAAUCCUUUUUGCUGCUGUUGCUCUUCGCUUACGAGAUUUAUCUGUCUCUUGAUCUCCUUGAUUCUUCAGCGUGUAAAAUGAGGCUUCUUUAAUUGAUUUUCAUGAAGUUGCAGAAUAGUAGAGGCAAUGUCAAGGGUGAUCAAGAAGUUCUUUAUUGCAUCGAUGGUCAUGUGGAUAGCUCCAGUAGCUAUAUUAUAUGGGUUUAAUAAUCACAUAUUUCCUGGUACAAGUAAGCUUUCAUCUUCAUCUCAAACACUUGUUAGUGGAUUUCUUGCUGUUAUAUCAGUGAAUCUGGUGAUUGUGCUAUACAUAAUCAUGGCGAUAAAGGAGCCUGGCAGCAAUAUGGAGCACCAGCCUGAUCCUGCAUUCUUAGCGGAAGCUAAAGCUAGCAUUAACCAACCAGCAGCUGUGACACCUGAUGACAAUGCCCAAACUCGGGAGAAAGCAGAAUAAGGAUUCGUGUCCAAGUCAGAUAUGCUUCUCAAACUUAAUUUACAUUCUCACUGCAAGUGAAAGUUUGUGUAAGAUCAUGCAGUAGUAUAUGGCUUCUUUUUCUUCCAUUAGGUCAAAUUCCUUGAGAAAUUUAAUGCAAGUGGCGCCCAGAUGGAGUGGAUUACCUAGAGAAAGACAAACUGUGAACAUGAUGUUGCCUGUAACAUUUUGGUUUGGCAUUGCAAUAACUUAGGACAGUAACAUUGCCAUGUGAUAUUGGUAGUACUUGUGUACCUCAAAACCUUUGUGCAAAUUGUAAUGACAACAUCCAUGUUCAUGCC